AUGUCAACUCCAACUGAGGAACCUCGAACCAGUGGCACUGGAUCCAAUCCGAAUACGCACCAGGGGAAUUCGCGCAAUCAACGGGGCGAGCGGUUCGAGUCGGCAGCUGGAUCGUGCUCCUUUGGCCAUGUAAUUUACGUGGAGCCUCCGGAAACAGUCGGGUUUCCGGAUCAGCCAGGUGGAGGUCGCGAUCAAAAUGGGAAUAUCAAUAAUGAUCCUGUCAAGGGCAACGAUCGUCUCAACAACGGCAAUACUUGUCGCCGAACGCGUAUGUGA